AUGAAGAAUCAUGAAUACGAAGCUCACCAGGAACAUAAUGUGUAUUACCCAUUUGUAGACAGAGAUGAAUGGGAGCUGGCAAAAUUUCUGAGCAACAAUCUUAAUCAAGGACAAAUUACUUGUUUCUUGAAGUUAUCAUGGGUCAGUAGCCUAAUGACCAUGUCAGAAGCACAGAAACUGCCAGCAUACAAAUCAGCCCUGCAACUGCUCACUUUCAUAGACACCCUGCCGAAGGGACCGAAGUGGCAUUGCACAAUGAUCCAGACUGAAGGUUACAUUACGACUCAUCCUGUGCACCUCAUCUGGCACAAUGCCUUGGAGGUUACACAGCACAUUUUUGGCAACCUGGCAUUCACUAACAAUAUGGAGUUCGACCCAUAUGAGAUUUAUGACAAUGGAGAAUGA